GCUGGUUCAUCAAUGAGGCAACCUGAAGUGAUGAAGAUGUAAGGAAAGCAUCCUACGCUAACACUGUUGCAGUUGGAAAGGCUUCUCUGCAGAAUGUCAAACAAAGAUCGACACAUUGAUUCCAGCUGUUCGUCCUUCAUCAAGACGGAACCCUCCAGCCCAGCCUCCCUGACGGACAGCGUCAACCACCACAGCCCUGGUGGGUCUUCCGACGCCAGUGGGAGUUACAGUUCAACCAUGAAUGGCCAUCAGAACGGACUGGACUCGCCACCUCUCUACCCCUCUGCUCCGAUCCUGGGAGGCAGCGGGCCUGUCCGGAAACUGUAUGAUGACUGCUCCAGCACCAUUGUAGAAGAUCCGCAGACCAAGUGUGAAUAUAUGCUCAACUCCAUGCCCAAGAGACUGUGCUUAGUGUGUGGCGACAUCGCCUCUGGGUACCACUAUGGGGUUGCAUCAUGUGAAGCCUGCAAGGCAUUCUUCAAGAGGACAAUUCAAGGUAACAUAGAGUACAGCUGCCCAGCCACGAAUGAAUGUGAGAUCACAAAGCGCCGACGCAAAUCCUGCCAGGCCUGCCGCUUCAUGAAGUGUCUCAAAGUGGGCAUGCUGAAGGAAGGGGUCCGUCUUGACAGAGUGCGUGGAGGUCGGCAGAAGUACAAGCGUAGAAUAGAUGCUGAGAACAGCCCAUACCUGAACCCUCAGCUGGUGCAGCCAGCCAAAAAGCCAUAUAACAAGAUUGUCUCGCAUUUGUUGGUGGCUGAACCAGAGAAGAUCUAUGCCAUGCCUGACCCUACUGUCCCUGACAGCGACAUCAAAGCCCUCACGACACUCUGUGACUUGGCUGACAGAGAGUUGGUGGUUAUCAUUGGAUGGGCAAAACAUAUUCCAGGCUUCUCCACACUGUCCCUGGCGGAUCAGAUGAGCCUUCUCCAGAGCGCAUGGAUGGAAAUUUUGAUUCUCGGCGUUGUGUACCGAUCGCUUUCAUUUGAAGAUGAACUUGUCUAUGCAGACGAUUAUAUUAUGGAUGAAGACCAGUCCAAAUUAGCAGGCCUUCUUGACCUAAAUAAUGCUAUCCUGCAGCUGGUGAAGAAAUAUAAGAGCAUGAAGUUAGAGAAGGAAGAAUUCGUCACCCUCAAAGCAAUAGCUCUUGCUAAUUCAGAUUCCAUGCACAUAGAAGAUGUGGAAGCUGUUCAGAAACUUCAGGAUGUGUUACAUGAGGCCCUUCAGGAUUAUGAGGCUGGCCAGCACAUGGAAGACCCUCGCCGUGCAGGCAAGAUGCUCAUGACGCUGCCGCUGCUGAGGCAGACCUCCACCAAGGCAGUCCAGCACUUCUACAACAUCAAACUCGAAGGCAAAGUGCCCAUGCACAAACUUUUUUUGGAAAUGCUGGAGGCCAAGGUCUGACUAAAAGCCCCCCUGGGCUCUCCCAUCCUGCACGUUGAAAAGGGAAGAUAAACCCAAGAAUGAUGUCGAAGAAUCUUAGAGUUUAGUGAACAACAUUAAAAAUCAACAGACUGCACUGAUAUUUUAGCAGCCACAGUACGACGCAGCCUGCGGAUUCCGCCACAUCUUCCUGAUAGGUUUCCUCUACUUUAUCCCAUGAUCCUCUGGCCAUAUUCCUGCAUUCUUCCACUCUUCCUUGUUCCAUUAUUAUGUUUUGCUUCUUUCAGUAGUGGUUCCCUCUCCCUCCUCUCCUCCCUCCCUUCCUUCCCCUCCUUCCUUCCCUCUCUCCUUUUUCUCCCCUUCCUUUCUUCUGCCUCCUUCCUUUCUCUUCCUUUCUCCAAUCUUCUUCUCUUGCCUUGUUCUCGUCCCUCUUCCCUCUCUCACACCCCUUCCCACUCUACAUAAUCAAUACCUCUAAUCAUACGGAACAUUUCUUUUACCUCUUGAAUCUCUUCCCCAUCUCUUCCUUCCUCGUUUUCUUUUCCCUUUUCUUCCUUCUGCUGCUGAACUCUUAAAAGCGGUGUCUAAAUGGAGAGAGAUGGAAGCCAGCCCUGCCAAAGGACAGAGAUCCAUACUACGGAUGCCAGUGAACUUGUCGUGAACCAUGACAUCCCCAGUGAGUAAGGAAUCAAAGAGAGAACCAUACCUAAAGUACAGCGCAAUGCAAACGGAUCGACUUAGUGCAGUAUUAGAUUCUACUGGGCAGCCUCCGAUCAGACAGCCUAAGUGGCAGCAUUGGCUGCUUCUACUUGCUUUCUCAUCUAGAUCAGUUAGAGCCAUUUGAUUCCUUAAUUCUUUUGUCAAGUCUUCCAGGUGUUGGUUAGUUUAGCUACUAUGUAACUUUUUCAGGGAAUCGUUUAAGCUUUAUUCAUUCAUGCAAUACUAGAGGGGGGUAAGGAUACCGCAACCUCGUGCUGGCUUUGAACAAUUGAACACUCACGAAGGACAAAUGAACCCUGAAGGAAGAUUUUUAAAAAAAUUGUUUCGUUUCUUCUUACAAAUGGAGAUUUUUUUGUACCAGCUUUACCACUUUUCAGCCAUUUAUUAAUAUGGGGAUUUAACUUACUCAAGCAAUAGUUGAAGGGAAGGUGCAUAUUACCACGGAUGCAAUUUAUGUUGUGUGCCAGUCUGGUCCCAAACAUCAGUUUCUUACAUGAGCUCCAGUUUGCCUAAAUGUUCACUGACACCAAGGAUUAGAUUAUACCUACCGUGACACCGAGUGGUCCCAUCCACGAGCACUGCACAUGGGACUCCUAUCUGUAGAAUUAGCACCAGUACACCUCCCUGCCGGGAGGGACAGUCGCCAUACGAUUUCUAGCUGCCCUCGUGGUUAGGAACAAGAUGCUGCCUGUAUGCAGUUCAAAACUCUGUCUCAGAAGGAGCUGUGAGCCAAUAUCAUUUCAGAGGCAAUAAGGCUAAUGCCAGAAUUCAAACAAACCAAUCGUCAAAGACAGCAGACGCCUGACCAAAUUCUAAAAUCCUGAUCCAUAGGAGUUGAUUCACUUAGGAAUGGUUGUUUAAAUUAACCUGCAGGUUCGUUUCGUUUCGUUGUUUGUUUUUGUUUUUGUUUUUUUUUUACCAAAAGCUAAGCCAAUAGAUGUGCUUUUCAACAAGUAUGGUCACAGCACGAAGGUCAGUCAGGUUUCAGACUGUAACCAGGUGUAAUCUAAUGAAGAAAUCAGAUGCCCCCUCCCGAAACCUACAGUCGCCGAAUAACCAGAAAACAGUAACCUCCAUAGAACGCUUUACCAAUGGACCAGUGUUAGUAGCUGCUCUCUGUAUUCUGUGGACAGUCUUAUUCUAUGUACACAGAUGUAAUUAAAGUUGUACUCCUAACAAACAAAAGAAUAGUUCAGCUUCAAUGUUCCAUGUUUGCUGCGCUUUUCUGAACUUUACGUUGCAUUCAGAAACUGUCGUCUUGUUCUCGUGGUGUUUGGAUUCUUGUGGUGUGUGCUUUUAGACACAGGGUAGAAUUAGAGACAGUAUUGGAUGUAUACUUCCUCAGGAGACUACAGUAGUAUAUUCUACUCCUUACCAGUAAUAACUAAGAGAUUGAAACUCCAAAACAGUAUUCAUUACGAUCAGACACACAUCAAAAUCAUAAUAAUAUUUUCAAAAAAGGGAUAAUUUCUCUAAUGGUUUAUUAUAGAAUACCAAUGUAUA